AUAAAAGUUUCUUGUAACCCUCCCAUUUUUCAUAACUCAAACCCCCAAUUCUCCAUUAAAAUUUCUUGAUUCAUCAGAAUCUUAACAAACCCUAAACAGGUUCUUCUUGAGCAAACUUUUGAUAUAUUUUCAAGAUGGAAAGAGCAUCAGCAGCUUAUGAAAAUGAUCUCAAUUUGAAGUCAACUGAAUUGAGAUUAGGGUUACCAGGCACAGAUGAAUCAUCUGAGAAACAAUCUUCAAGAAACUAUAAGAGAUCUUCACCAGAAAUGGAUAAUUCAUGUCAGAAGGAUGAACAAAAAUGUGUCCCAGCUUCAAAAGCACAAGUAGUUGGCUGGCCACCAGUUAGAUCGUACCUGAAAAACGUUCUGCACCAGAAAAAUGAUUCAGAUUUGUAUGGGAUGUUUGUAAAAGUGAGCAUGGAUGGAGCUCCUUAUCUAAGGAAGAUUGAUAUCAAGGUUUACAAGAACUACCCAGAUCUGCUCAAGGCCUUAGAGAACAUGUUCAAAUGCUCGAUCGGGGUGUAUUCAGAGAGAGAAGGUUGCAAUGGAUCUGAAUUUGCACCAACUUAUGAAGACAAGGAUGGUGACUGGAUGCUGGUUGGGGAUGUUCAUGUUCAUUACUUCUUGCAAAAGGCUAAGAAUAAUGAAAGGAUCAGAAGCUAAAGGGUUGGGAUGUCUAUAGAAACACAAGGGAGAAAUUGCAUACAAGAUGAAGUUCAAUGAGUUUCAUGCAUCAAACAAAAACCUUUCUUAACUUGGGUUCUCCGGGGAAAUACGAAGUAUUAGAUGGGAUCGGACAGUACAAUAGACAGAAGUAGUUCCAACAUUGGUCUGGUUUAGGGCAGGAAAGAAAUUUUAGAUCUGUACAACUGAAAGAUAGCCUCAUUUUAUUUUAUUUUAUUUUUCUCCAUUUUUUGUUAAUUCAUCUUUUUGAGGAUUUUUAUGUACUUAUAUUCUGUAUCC